UGUACAUACAUACACACAAACACACACAUACAAGUACAUGCGCACACAGACACAUGUACACACACGCACAUACAUGUACAUACACGCAGACACAUGUACAAGACACAUGUACACAGACACACACACACACAACCUAUAAAAAGUUGCAGUACUUCGUUGUUCACUCACAGAGCCGGGUACUGCACUCUAGGGGGAGGCAGAGAGCACAGCACACACUCCUUCCUUUGCUUUCACUGCGAUCAGCUAUUGAGCAGUCUGACGGCUCCCAGUGCCACUGACAGAUCUGGCCUGAGCUCCGAGCCUGCUCGGAAACACACUCGCCGCCAUAAUUUCCACUUGCCAUUGGCAAGCAGGCGAGUGGAAAUUUCAAGCCCUGCCUUA